UCAUAGGAUACUGGAGAUGUGCAAAGUCAAGACAAAAGAACUUCGAAAGAACUUAAGAAUGUGCCAAGACCUGUCAAAAGGGCAAGAAUUGAGGAUACUUCUUAUUGGCAAGACGGAAUCAGGGAAAAGUUCUACGGGGAACACGAUUUUGGGGAAAGAAGUAUUUAAAUCAUCUGCUCCAGCAACAACAUCUGUCACAAAAAUGAUACAGGUUGGAAGGGCCUAUAGAUUUUACAAAAAACUUGUUGUGGUCGAUACACCUGGAUUAUUUGAUACAAACAAAAAUACAAACAACAUGGAUAUUUUAAAGGAGAUUACUAAAUGCUAUGCCGCCACCUCCCCAGGACUUCAUGCUAUCCUUUUAGUAGUACCCAUUGGGAGGAUUGAUGAUCGAGUUGAUGAAACAGUCGAAAUAUUUCAGCGUUAUUUCGGCCAUAAUGCAACAAAUUUUAUGAUUGUGGUUUUCACUUACAAAUAUAAAUUAGCCGAACCUGGGCUAGAUAAUAAUUUAGAAAAAUAUAUUAAUACUAUUCCUUUAAGCUCUCCUCUGAAGCAAGUUCUACAACGGAUACAGGGACGAUAUAUUGCAUUUGGCUAUAAGGGAAAAGAGGAAGAAAGAGAAAAGGAAGUUAUAGAACUUAUCAAAAUAAUUAAUCGGAAUUUGGAAAAUUAUUCAGCUGGGAUGUACACCAAUCAUUUGUAUGAACAGUCAGAACAAUUUUUCAAUGAGCAGUAUGAAAAGUAUAUGGAAGGAAAAACAGGAAAACCACAAAUGACUAAGGAAAGCUUUAGAGAAAAGUUUUUCAAAAAUGGAUUUUUCGACAGAAUUCAAACUGAUAAGGCCAAUAAGCAGGAUUUCAUGGAAGACAUGAGAGCACACUAA